AGCUCUGAACCUGGCUUCCCGGGCCUUUGAGACGAGACCCCAAACAAACAGAAAGAGUUUCAAACAAUAUAUGUAAUAAAACUUGAGGCGAAGACGAAAAGCCUUAAGUAUUAAAUGCAUAGAGUACUGCAUUGACCACCGUCAGAAAUUUUUUGCGGGAAUAUGACGGACAAAGAAUAUUCUGGUUUAUCUAAAGAAGAGAUCGCCCGACAGUUCAAUUACCUUCCGGAGCGGAAGUCGAAGAUUGCAACUUUGUUGAAGCAAGAAGAAAAUACCAAGGAAGCUUACUGUAUUUGCAGAUCUUCCGACUCCAACCGUUUUAUGAUUGCUUGUGACAACUGCGAGGAAUGGUACCAUGGGGACUGCAUUAACAUUUCGGAAAAAGAUGCCAAGUACAUAAAGCAAUAUUUUUGCUUGCGUUGUCAAGAGGAUGAUGGAAGUCUGAAAAUUGUCUACAAACCAAGGAAAAAGGAAAAGGGAUCAACACCCCUAACUCCGUCAUCAUCUCAGUCAAAAAAGCGCAAUGAGCGAAAUGAGGAGAAGAGACAGAAAAAGAAGGAAAAGGCUGCUGAGGGGUGUGGCCAAUCUCGUUCUUGUGGGAACUGCGUCAAUUGCUGCCAAAAGGAAGAUUGCGGGCGUUGUGAUUAUUGUAAAGACAUGAAAAAGUAUGGAGGCCCGGCCAGGCUCAAACAAAAGUGCAGACAACGGCAAUGUUUGAGUCAGGGAUGGAGUAACCACCAAGUUGUGGUUCCAAAGAGGAAGAGAAAGGACUCGGACAGUGAUGGGGAGAUGGUCAAUCCAAAACUUUUCACUAGAUCAGCCCGGCAGUGUUACGGGCCUAAGUGUAUUCAUGCAGCACGCGUUGGGUCCAAAUAUUGCAGUGAGAAGUGCGGACUUACGCUGGCCAGCCACAGAAUUCUCUCAGUUUUACCCCAGAGAAUUCAAGAGUGGAAUAUGACCCAAAGUGUUGCUGACGAUAGAAACCGGAAGCAACUUGAGAAAAUCAGGAAACAGCAAAUGGAAGUGAGAAAGAAUUUGGAGAAACUGGACAAAAAGCACCAGGAGCUGGAUAGGUUGUUGGAAAAGGGCAGCAUGGUGGAGCUCGACCCUGAUGCAGAUGGUGAGGGCGACGAUGAGGCUGAAAUGAGCAUGUACUGCAUCACUUGUGGCCACGAAAUCCACACAAGGACAGCCAUUAGACAUAUGGAGCGCUGCUUCAACAAGUACGAGAGCCAGGCCUCUUUUGGCUCCAUUUACAAAACCCGAAUUGAGGGCAACAAUAUGUUCUGCGACUUUUUCAAUCCGGCCAACGGGACAUACUGCAAAAGACUCAAGGUUUUGUGCCCAGAGCACGCUAAAGACCCAAAACUAUCUGAUUGGGAAGUCUGUGGGUGUCCCCUUGUCAAAGACGUUUUUGAAGAAUCUGGCGAGCUCUGCCGAGUGGCAAAGAAAAAGUGUGUGCGCCACUACUGCUGGGAAAAACUGCGCAGGGCUGAGAUUGACAUGGAAAGAGUGCGGCAGUGGUUGAAAAUUGACGAGUUGAUUGAACAAGAACGGCAAAUUCGACACUCCAUGUCAAGCCGAGCGGGCGUGCUGGGACUCAUGCUGCAUUCAACGUACAACCACGAUUUGUAUGAAAGACUUGCUCAGCAGCAGAAAGAGGAAGUCAACAAAGCGGCUAAUUCUAAUUUGAAUUGUUAAAAUUAUUUUUUUAGUUUGUAAAUAAAAGUAAGUUGCUAAAUCGGUGUGAAAAAUAAUU